AUGGCACCAUCGCAGAGGCCCGAUCAUCACAUCAACCUCAACUACCUGCCGCAGCUCACGCCCGGCCAAUCUCGCUCCGGUUCCUCGACCGCCGCCACCUCCCCCAUCGAGCCGCCCACUGCGGCCAACACCUCUAGGUACCAGAUGGGCGGCGGCAGCGCCAUGAGCACCAUCGGCAACUCGGUCGCCUCGACCAGGAUGGGAGCUGGGUCCCCCUCUCAUGACUAUAGCGGCAGGCUGUUGGGUCGACGCGCCAGGGAGAUUCAAGCGCAAGAGGGCCUCAGCCCUCAAGUCUGGGGCCCGCCGACCAGCGGCAACUCGACCCCUCUACGCGAGACGAUCCCCGAGUCGCCCAACGGUGACAGCUUCCCCGACUUUAAUGCGCCUACCGAACAACCCAUCCAGACUACAUCCACCCGGAGGACCAGGGCCGGUACUCUGCCCUCCAGGUUUUCGACCGCCGGCGUCUUCAACGGUCUGAACCAAGGCUCUUCUUCCCUUCUGCCGCAGACGUCGCGCCCGACCCCCUCAACGAGCCCGUUCAAGCCUGGAUCGCACACGCCCACGGAGCUUGGCAGCAACUUCCCGGCGCACACCAGCUCGGCUGCCCCCAAGGCGCCCACGAUGCUUUCGCGCCUGCGGGCGGGCUCCAUGCCACAGCGCCCUGCUGGCUUUGGCUCCUCCAACAACCAGAACCCCUUUGGGUCUUCGCUUUUCUCUUCUGGUUGGGGUAGCACUCGCGAACGCAGCAGCACUCUGGCCAGCAUCAGAUCAUCCGAUGCCCCAUCUUCGCCUGCGCACUCGCAAUUCUCACGCGAAUCUCUUGACAAUGACGUCAGAACGCUCGACUAUUUGGGCCUGGUCGACACGCCUCAGCAGCCCCGCGCCACUCUGGCCCCGUCCGAUAUUGAGCUCAUGCUGGAGAACCAACGUGCUGCUGCCAGCUAUGCUGCUCUCAACAAAAGCGCGAACCGGUUCCGCUCGUACUCUGUGAAUGCCAAGGAAAAGUAUGCCGACGAGGAGGACGAAGAGUUGGACCACAUGGGCCCGUAUGGUGGACACUACAGCGGCACCCUCACUCCCACUGCCGAGGCCAGCGCUGCUGCUUACGCCAACAUCCAUGAAGCCGUUCGCCAGCACAAUCUUGAGGUCCAGGCCUUCGCCAACUUUGCCAGCGCGAACCGUCCGAGAGCUAGAACUGCUGGUGUGCUUGAAUCGCCUUCGACUCGUCUUCUCCGCUCCUACCUUCCCACCCCGUCUAGACUGGGAGAGAGCAGCCUCUCUGGCGAGCAACUCAACGAGGAGGCUGAGUACAGCGGCUUGACCGAGGCUGUCCAAGGCCUCAAUCUCAAUGGCAAGCCAAUUCCUGAGACUCAAGGUGAGGACAACACGAUCGAAGGACCUACGCGAGCUCUGUGGCUUGGCAACAUUCCCUCCUCGACCACUGUUUCUUCGCUGAACGUCAUCUUCAAUGUUUUUGGUGCCAUCGAAUCUACGCGCGUCCUCACGCACAAGAACUGCGGUUUUGUCAACUUUGAGAACCUCGAGAGCGCCGUCCGCGCCAAGCAGCAACUGAACGGCAAGGAGAUUUUCCCUGGCGCUGGUCCCGUCCGCAUUGGUUACGCCAAGGUUCCGAGCGCUGCUGGUACUCCUGGCGCCAAUGGGCUCUACCCUUCGCCCAGCCCUGACCCCAACUCGAAGAUUCAAGGCAAUGAUUCUCAGGCUGUCGGCGGUGGUAACAACCGCCAGGCCAAGGCUGCUGCCGAGGCUGCGUCCGCUCCUCUCGCUACACCUGUGUUGUCGGAGGUCCGCGGUGACAUUGUCCAGAUCGUCAAGGACCUCGGUGCGAACGACGAGGAGGCUAUGCGUAUCUCCGCGCACGUUGAGCAGGCAAUUGACAACGACGACUACCACACGGAGAUCCCGCCCAUUCCCGAGCCCUCGCACAACCGCGUCCACGAUGCUCCCCGUCUGCGUGAGAUCCGCAAGAGGAUUGACAACAACUCAUGCACUCAGGGCGAGAUUGAAGACGUGGCUCUGGCCAUGCUCCCCGAGGUUGCCGAAUUGUCUUCUGACUACCUCGGCAACACGGUUGUGCAGAAGCUCUUCGAGUACUGCUCCGAGACUGUCAAGGAGGCCAUGUUGAACGAAAUUGCGCCUCACCUCGCCGAGAUUGGUGUGCACAAGAACGGUACUUGGGCUGCUCAGAAGAUCAUUGAUGUCGCCAGGACCCCUGUGCUGAUGAAGAUGGUUGUGGACGCUCUGCGCCCUUACGGCAUGGCUCUGUUCCUCGACCAGUUCGGCAACUAUGUCAUGCAAGGUUGCUUGCGCUACCAGUACCCCAUUAACAACUUUAUCUUCGAGGUCAUGCUCAGCCGUCUUUGGGACCUUGCUCAGGGCAGAUUUGGUGCGCGUGCCAUGCGUGCCUGCUUGGAGAGUCACUUUGCUACCAAGGACCAGCAGCGCAUGAUUGCCGCUGCCAUUGCGCUCCACAGCGUUCACUUGGCUACCAAUGCCAACGGCGCUCUGCUUCUGACUUGGUUCCUUGACACCUGCACGUUCCCCCGCCGCCGGACGGUGCUUGCUCCUCGUCUCGUUCCUCACUUGGUCCACCUGUGCACGCACAAGGUUGCUUACCUCACGGUUCUCAAGAUCAUCAACCAGCGCAACGAGCCUGAGGCUCGCGACGCCAUCCUUCAAGCGCUGUUCUUCUCCCCCAACGACCAGGUCCUGGAAGCGAUCCUCAGCGAUCAAUCCUGUGGUGCAACUUUGAUCUUCAAGGUUCUGACCACGCCCUUCUUCGAUGAAAAGCUCCGCCCCGACGUUGUCCAGAACGUGCGCAACGUCCUUCUCCGCAUCAAGGCCCAGCCCGCUCAGGGCUACAAGCGUUUGAUGGAUGAGGUUGGCUUGUCCACCCGCAGCGGCGGCCGUGGCGGUGAUAACCACGCUCGUGACAUGUCGCCUGCCUCUCGUCCGGGAUCGAAGCACGCCAACGCGUCCAACAACCAAAACAUGCACCAGCAAGCCACCAACGCCGCUGCCGCGGCCGAGCUGAACCGUGGACAGCCGUUCUUCCCUCCUGGCAUGCCCCAGGCUCCGCCUGGCGUCGGUCCUUUCGACCUCCAGCGUACUGCCAGCAUGGAUUCUCAGGGUUUCGAGCAGCCCAACGCUGCUUUCUUGCCGUAUGGCACUGCCAGCCCUAACCUCGCACAGCUUCAGUACCAGCAAGCGAUGCUGGCUGCCCAAGGCCGCCAGCCCAGUGCUUUUGGCUACCCUCCCGCCGCACUGGGCGGCAUGGGCGUCGGUGGAAUGGGCGUUGGUGUGAACGGCUUCCCGGCAACGACUCCCGGUGCGGCCGACCCGUACCGUGGUGCGGCGAUGGCUGCUCCGGGGCUGGGCUUGCCGACCGGUAGCCCGAUGAUGCCGCAGGCAAGCUUCGGUCAACCGAUGUUGGGCGUUGCGGGGUUCCCGCAGACGCAGUCUCCUUACGGAUACCCCCCGAUGGGCUUUGCUUCGCCUCCGAUGGGUCAGCAGCAGCCUCAGCAACAACAGCAGGGUGCUGCAGCAGGCGGUCGCCGUGGACGUUGUGACAGCGGUAAAGAGGACCGAUUUGUAGCGCCGCCGGCACUCCCUCCCAGGCAGCCGAGAAGCAUGAAGGGCUACUUGAAGAUCAUAGCUGUCCAGUAUCCGGAUGACCGUCAAUAG